AUGGGGGAGGCCGAGCUGACGCUGAACCAGGCCGAAGAGAAGCCUCCGGAGCCGGGCCUUGUUCCUGCGGAGGAGCCGGUGAUCUGGAGCCAUGAAGUGGAAGUCUGUCUCUUCCACGCAAUGAUCGGACACAAGCCCGUGGGAGUGAACCGGCACUUCCACAUGAUGUGCAUCAGGGACAAAUUCAGCCAGAACAUUGGACGGCAGGUUUCCUCCGACCUGAUCUGGGAACAUCUGGGCACGAUGUACGACAUGCAGGCCCUGCAUGAGUCUGAAAUUUUACCUUUUCCAAACCCGGAGAAGAGCUUUUCGUUACCGGAGGACAUUGUCCAGGAUGUCAGAGAAGGUCGAAAUGAAGAGGAGCUGGAAGAGCUGAGAGUUGAGCCUCCAGUGAUCGCAGAGGAAGGCAGUAAUUCAUCGGUGAAGUCCGAUCGAUCGAAGGAUCGAGACAAACCCACGGAGUCUACCUCCAAAGACGAAAAGAAAAAGAGGUCUGCCCCAACACCUGCCCCGACAGCGGCUAAAGGUGGAGCACCUUCAGCCCCGGUGGCUAAAGGCGGGGCCCCUGCACCGUCCCCAGCCAAGGGAGGGGCUCCUGGAUCUACCUCAACAAAGACGAGCAACACUGGAGCUUCUUCAGCGCUCUUCCGGGUCCCUCCCACAAGUGAGUCACAGAAGGCAGCGCGAGGAAACAGCAGCAGCCGCAGAGAAAUAAGGAAACUGCAGAGCGCCGCUGAGCUGAAGGAGCGGGGAGGAUUUCUGCAUAAAAACAACGUAACAAGCUCUCAACCCGGGCUAAACCGAGACGUCAGCAGAAUGGACUGGAGCCUGAGCUGA